AUGGCCAUCGAGACCGAGACACCACGUGGCGCGUGCAGGACCCGGGACAACCCAGCAGCUGACGACGUGCCAUGUAAAGGCUCCGGAAAAGACCGCGUCUUUGGCCCGUCGGUCGAAGCCGUCCGCGCCGUCGUGCGCCUCCAGCCGCUUCGCCCGCCCAGUACCAUGUUCACGCAGCGCUCCGAGGGCAGCCUUGCGCCCAUUCAGCACCAUCCGCUGCCG